GUAAACAAACUGAAUCAAUAUUUUACCAUCUGUUGCUUUAAGUCAUUUUCUUGCUGAUUUACGCCCUAAUAUGGAUUGAUUUCCGUUUAAAGCAGAUAAAUAUACAUCGUAGAAGUUCUGUGUCAACUGAGUUUCAAACUAUCCAUUGAAAAAUGCAACAGUGUAUGAGGUUCUAACUGCUUUCACUGGUCAGUUACAACAACAACAACAAGAGUGACUUACAUUAGUCAUAUAAAGUGCGCUAUGAUGUCAUUGAAACCAGUUUGUAGAUCUAUAUAGUAAUGGAUGGUGAUGUCAUUGGACUUUACCUGUGUCUUUUUGCAUUGUGCUUCAGAACAGCUUCGUGUAUGGUGUGUGAUACAAAGCCAUGUUUGAAUGGAGUGUGUACAGAUCUCAAGCUUGGAGCAGAAUAUAGCUGUUCAUGUAGACCCGGUUAUGGAGGGACUGGAUGUCGGAAGUUAAACAAUUACAGAGUAUGUGAAUCACAGCCUUGCUUAAAUGGAGGAACUUGUAUGGUUUCUGGGGGAUAUUUCAAAUGCACAUGCAGAGAGGCAUUCACAGGAGCAAGAUGUGAAAUUGAGAGAUUAAUGUGUGAAUCAAAUCCCUGUGUUCAUGGGUUUUGUGUAAAUCGACCUGCUGGUUACACAUGUGUAUGUGAUAAGGGAUAUGAAGGGAAGUUAUGUGACAUCAACAAAGACGACUGUGUAGAUAACCCCUGUGAGAAUGGAGGUCAAUGUUAUGAUGGUAUUAACAGCUACAUGUGUGACUGCCUUAUAGGCACAGCAGGGAAGCAUUGCUCUAGAAAGCAGACAUGUCCUGAUGGAGACCCGUGUGAGAACUACGGAGUGUGUAUACCUGGGACUGGAGACACUCCUAAGACCUGUUUCUGUUUGACAGGAUACACAGGGGACAGGUGUGAGACUAAUAUUGAUGAUUGUUCCAGUCAUAAAUGCACAAAUGGAGGUGUAUGUGUAGAUGAAAUCAACACCUAUUCAUGUCAGUGUGAUCAGAGGCAUACAGGAGCUUUCUGUGAAACUGAAAUAGAUCCAUGUUACUCAAACCCUUGCAAAAAUGGCGCCAAAUGUGUUGUUGAUAAUUCAGAUGCAGAUGGAUACAAGUGCUUUUGUGUGUCUCCUUUCUCAGGUGACCAUUGUGAAAUCUCAAACAACUUUGCAUGUGAGUCGUCACCAUGUCUGCAUGGGGGAGUUUGUACAGUCAUGGGCACUUCAUACCACUGUGCUUGCCCCCUUCAUUAUGUUGACCCUGUGUGCGGGAUCCCUGUCCCUUGUGCAAGUCAGCCAUGUCUCAACUUUGGGAAAUGUGUAGCAAGAGGUGAUGACCAGUAUGAGUGUAUUUGUUCAGAAUAUUACACAGGAACAAAUUGUGAAACACAGAUUAUGUGCAGAAGCAAUACAUGUCAAAAUGGCGGGAAAUGUCAGCUAGUUGAUGGCAUAGAGAGUUGUGUUUGUCCUCAAGGAUAUUUUGGAGAGUUUUGUGAAAUUCAAUCCAUGUGUUUUCCUAAUCCAUGUCAAAAUGAUGGUCAGUGUUCUGAAAUUAGGAAUUUAGAUUUUGAGUGCACAUGCACUGAGCAGUAUACAGGAAGAACAUGUGAGAAUGAGGUAAGAUUACCUUGUACCUCAGCACCUUGUAAAAACAAUGGAAUAUGUUCUGAUAUUUCGACCAGUGAGUUUAAUUGUGAAUGUGCAAAUGAUUUUACUGGAAGAACUUGUGAAACUUCAUUGAAUUCCUGUCAUGAAAAUCCUUGCUUGAAUGAAGGAACAUGUAUGGAGUCCAGUAGCGGAUAUAAAUGUAUAUGCUCAUCUCAAUACACUGGUGUGAAUUGUGAAACUAUUUUAACUCCUGUAACAUGUGACAUGUGCAUUAAUAAGAAAAGAUGUAUAAGUACUGGUAAUGACAUACUUUGUGAAUGUUUAAAUAAUUAUUCAGGAAAAUUUUGUAAUGUCUCUUUACCAUGUGUAAACAGCCAGUGUCAAAAUGGUGCUGUUUGUGAAAACGUUAAUGAAAAGGAAUAUCAGUGUGUUUGUAAUAGUUACUCCACUGGUCAGUUCUGUGAAACAGUGUUACCUUGCAGUAAUAAUCCGUGCAGAAAUGGAGCAUUUUGUGAAAAUGAAGAAGAUUUUACAACUUUCAAGUGUGUAUGCAAGUUUGGCUUUACAGGCCAGUAUUGUGAGAGUUAUCUCCCUUGUUCUUCAUCACCAUGUUUAAAUGAAGGAAAAUGUCUGAACAGUGUGGACACCUUCACUUGUGAGUGUCCUGAUACGUAUACAGGUGAAAGGUGUGAGACAUACGACUCUUGUGGAGGUGAUCCAUGUGAAAAUGGUGGUACCUGUGCCAAACAGGAAGAUGGCUCCUAUACAUGCCUUUGUGAUGAAGACUACAUGGGCCUGAAAUGCGAGACUGCAAAAUUCCCUUGCAAACUUGCCCCUUGUGAAAAUGGAGGAAGUUGUCAACAUGUAGAAGAAGGGAUAUAUAUUUGUAACUGUUUGCCAACUUUUGUUGGAAGAAACUGUAAGACAUAUGUUCCUUGUGCUAGCGGGCCUUGUGAAAAUGGUGGUCAGUGUUUUAACCAAGGAGAUAGUUACUCCUGCACAUGUCCAAUCAACUUUAAUGGAGCUCGCUGCGAGUUUCCCCUACCGUGUGCUUCAAACCCAUGUAUCCAUGGAGAUUGUACUAAUUCUCUUGAUGGUUUGACCUUCACCUGUAUUUGUGAUGAAGGUCAUGAAGGUUACCUCUGUGAUAGAAUUGUCUCCUCCUGUAAUGAGAGUACUUGUAUCCAUGGCAACUGCAUAAAUCAAGGAGAGACAACAGUAUGUGUUUGUGAUAAUGGGUAUAAAGGUUCAAAGUGUGAUGUUAAACUGACACCAUGUGAUUCCCAACCAUGUCAGAACAAUGCUGCAUGUAAUCCUAGUGGAGCCUCAUUUAUUUGUAAAUGUUUACCUGGUUACUAUGGCAACCUAUGUCAGUAUCAGAUAGAUGCAUGUUUCUCCCAGCCGUGUUACAAUGGAGCAACAUGUGAACGAUGUAAUGGACCGGAAUGUGUUACACCAUUCACAUGUACCUGCCCUGUUGGAUAUAAAGGGUUGAGAUGUGACACUAAAGAAUCUCCAUGUGACAGUAACCCUUGCCUGAAUGCAGGGGACUGCAUUGAGGACAAUUCAGUACAGGGAUAUGAGUGUAUGUGUCAACCUGGAUUCUCAGGACAGAAUUGUGAGAUUGCAAUAAAUCUGUGUAGUAGCAGGCCGUGUCAUAAUCAAGGCAUAUGUGUAGCUGCUAGUGGUUCACAAUACACAUGUACAUGUAAAGGAGCUUACACAGGUCCACAUUGUGAAACAAAGAUCAAGAACUGUGAAGAUCAUCAGCCGUGCAAGAACAAUGGUACAUGUAACUAUGAUUCUAUAUCAGCAUACUGUGAAUGUCCUCCACAAUUCUAUGGUAUCUUCUGCGAAUACACUAGAGAUGAUGCAUGUUUGACUUCACCUUGUAAGAAUGGAGGUGAAUGUUGGAUGAAGGAUGGUCAGCCAGCAUGCCAGUGUCAGUCAGGAUUUUCUGGAACAUUAUGUGAGAAGUCUGAAGAUUUUGAUUGCAAUGUGUCACCAUGUGUUAACGGUGGAUACUGUCAGCUGGGAAAAUGCCUUUGUCAGGCUGGAUUUGUGGGUGCCUCGUGUGAGACAGAGGAUCUUUGUUUCAGUCAUCCGUGCCAGAACAAUGGAAGUUGUGCAAGAGUUAGUCAAGGAGUGGGUUACGUCUGUGCUUGCAAACCCCCAUAUAGAGGAACUCAUUGCGAAGAAAGGUAUGAUGCCUGUGCCUCACAGACUACGCCGUGUUUAAAUGGGGGACAGUGUUACUUCAAACCAGAGGCUAUACAUACACCUUUGUGUUCUUGCCUUCAAGGUUUUACAGGUAGCAGAUGCGAAACAGUACUUUUAAGCUGAAAGUUUUCAAAGGAAUUAAUGUAUUCUGAAAAAUGAUGUACCAAGUGAUUUUAAUCGUUUCAAGUCUUCAUACAUGACCUAUAAUUUUGUCGGGGUGACGUUAAACUAAACAAAACAAACUACUAAGCGUGUUAUUACAAUAGAAUUUCGAUGUUUAGAUUAUGAAAUGAUUUUAAGAUGACAUUUGAAAUGCAUUAAGUGAAUCUGUUGAUGUCAGUCAUGCUGCAAUGUCAGUAUUGUCUAUCAGUGACUGACCUACUUCCGCGACCAUACCAGAGCUAUAACCUGCCGUAUAUCACAAUUUUCUAGUCAAUUUUGAGUAUUUUCAAUAUGUGCAAUAUAUUUUAUGUGAUAUAUAUAUAUUUUUUACAUAUCUUUAAAAAAAAAAAUUUAUGCAUUGUUCCUUCUCUUAAUGUUGUCUUACAUGUAUUCACUAAGAGGGACAUCUAUAACUAUUUAUUAUAUACUUACUUAGUGUUUUAAUAUAACUUAUACAUUGUUCUCUGAUAAUGUCAACUUACAUAAAUUCAAAAAGUGGGAAAUGUAAACCAAAGUAUUAGUUAUCUACUUACAGAUUUGUAAACGUUUUACUUUAUGCAUUUUUGCUAUCUUCGUGUUAUCUUACAUGUGUUCACAAAGAGGUAAAUGUAUAACUAUUUAUUAAUUAUCUACUUAAUAAUUAAGCAUUCAUAUUCUUACUUUAUGCAUUUUUCGCUGUCUUCGUGCUAUUUACAUGUGUUCACAAAGAGUUAAAUGUAUAAUUAUUUUUUUAUUUAUCAACUUAUUGAAAAGUAACGUUUCAUAAAUGAACAUUCCAUAUUGUUUGAAAUUAGUUGUGUCUAUUGAUUAUUACUUUCUGUUUCGUCACACCAAAAUCACCUGUACAUGUGAUAUUUAAAAGGAAAAAAGCAUAAAUAGUGAAGUCAUUUGUUCUUCAAGUAUUAACAUGUGUGACGUCAUAAUUAUUGAUAAUUUCAAUGUGGAUAUUUUUCCAAAUUGGGUCAUGACUUUGUAAGUAAUAUAUUAGAAAUGGACUGUUUUAGAAAGAUUUUCAUUUGGAGAUGAAAUACAAUGGUUAUUACAUAGUAUAUAUGAACGCCAUUAGACACAUUUUUAAAGGGAUAGUAGAUCCAAAUUUUAAAUAUUUACAAAGGCGUACAACUGUUCUUGAAUUUUCAGUUUUCAUUAAUUUAGUAAAUUUUUCAAUAGUUGGCCAAGAUUGACAAAAUCUUGGCAGAUAUUUACAUCUAAUGUCUCUGUAAUACUGACAUGUCAUUAGAAAAAUGGUAUUCAGAUUCUACUGAAUUAUGUGUACACUUUU